AUGCAAGCCUCCGAACGACAUGGAUUUGAAGGAGAGGGAUUCUCAUACCUCAAGAGCCCUGUGUGGUGGGGUGGCAUUGUGACACUGGCCCUCGGUGAAGUCGCCAACUUUGCCGCAUACGCCUUUGCGCCCGCGAUUUUGGUUACGCCAUUAGGCGCACUCAGUGUUUUGAUCGGUGCGGUUUUGAGCUCGUACUUCCUCAACGAAAUCCUCGGAGUGUUAGGAAAAUUAGGCUGUGCGCUGUGUUUGUUGGGAUCGGUCGUGAUCGUCCUCCAUGCGCCUCCAGACAAGCAGGUGGACACCGUUAAUGAGAUUCUUGGAUAUGCUGUCCAACCCGGAUUCUUGUUCUAUUGCUUGACUGUUGCGGUUUUCUCGACUGUGAUGAUCUACCGGGUUGCGCCAGUCUAUGGCAAGAAGAACCCGCUCAUCUACAUCUCGAUCUGCUCCACCGUUGGAUCGGUCUCUGUCAUGUCUGUCAAGGCCUUUGGUAUCGCUCUCAAGCUUACUCUGGGAGGAAACAACCAAUUUGUGCAUGCAUCUACCUAUGUGUUUGCCAUUGUGACUGGGUUCUGCAUUCUCACCCAGAUGAACUACUUCAACAAGGCGUUGAACUCCUUCUCCACCUCGAUUGUGAACCCCCUUUACUAUGUUACCUUUACCACCGCGACCCUUUGCGCCUCCUUCAUCCUGUUCAAGGGAUUCAAUACCACGGACGCCGUCAACACGAUAUCCCUGCUCUGUGGAUUCCUGAUUAUCUUCACAGGUGUCUACCUGCUGAACCUGUCACGCCAUGACCCAGACGGACACUCGAUGGUGAAUUCCAAGCUUGAUGAGGAUGGAGUGCCGACGGAUGGACUCACGAGCUUCCAGACCCGGCGUUCCAUGCAGUCUCGCCGAAGCUCCUCGAGUAUCUAUUUCAACGGCCAUGGCGACCGAGAGGGACUCAUGCAUUCAUAUGAUGCCGAGAGCGGGAUCGGCAUGAACGACUUGACGGAAGCAAAUGAAGGGGAGCCAGGUCCGACGUUCCCGCACACCGAGACACAAACCGCGAUGCACACGAAGCGGAACAGUCAGCUUUGA